AUGGUGCGCCAGGCGAGCCAGGGAGGACAGGCGGGCGUCCAAGGCCGGUCGGUGCAUGACGGCGGCAGCCAGGGGCGGGCAACCGAGGAGGAGGCACUGUCCAGCGGGCGCGCUCCCUCCAGCCGCCCGCCAGACACCCCGUCGCAGUACACAGAGGAGUUUGACAAAGUGGCAGACCUGUAUCUGGGCGGCCUGUGGAGCAAGAUGGAGGCCGCACUGCACGGGGCUGAGGGAGAGGGCAAGCGGGUUGACGUGCAGCUGGAGCACGACGCCAUGAAGCUGUCGCUGCCAGACGGCGGCAAGAUCACCAUCACCAAGGCGAGCCCCCACUGCCGCCGGAAACCAGCCCCUGCCCCUGCUCAGAAACCCGGGAGCGCCUGGCGGCACCGCCAGUCGCUGCAGGGUGCCGAACCUCGAGACCCCGGCAGCCAGUCGCUGGUGGUCCACAGCAACCUGCACGACUUCUACGGCUCGGACGGCACCGACAGCGAGGUGCCCUUCAGGCUGCAGCGGGACAAGACGUGGGAGAUGGAUGGCGAGGAGCUUCAUGAGUUCAUCGAGGAUGGUCUGGCAAAGCACCUCAAGGUGCAGAGUUUGCUGAACACGCUCAAUGUGCUCAAGCGCCGGCUGAACCAGCUGCAGCGCGAGGGGCUGUACACCAAGGAAGACCUGGAGCACCACAAGCAUGUGCUGGACGACAUAGACGCCCGCUGGCGGGACGAGGAGGGCACGUUUGCGGGGCGGCUGGCGGCGGCUGACCCCAAGACUGCGGGCCUCUGCUCCCGCCUCUUCAACGAAUGCUUUGACUUGCUGGAGGGCAUGCACCACACGACCGCGGAGAUGCCGGAAGACCUGCGGGGCAUGCACAAGUGA